GCAUAAGAGAGAGGAGAGACUGACAGACGUGAGAGGUAAGCGCUGGUGUGUAUUUGGUCCUUCGUCUUCUUCUCUUUGACUGUCGACUCCGUCUUCUUCUCUUUGACUGUCGACUCCGUCUUCUUCUCUCUGACUGUCGAUUACAUUUGUCGUCGGCUUCUUUGAGAUGCAGAGAGACAUACAUCAUACUAGGAAAAGACAGGAGAAGAGAGGAGAGUAGAGGAGGGGAUUGAGGCACGGUUGUGCAGUUGAAGAAGGCUUGACGGGAGUCUGAUCGGCCUGCACCAUCAGAAGAUAAGAGUAGAGAGGAGAGGAGGAGAGAAGUGCAGGAGAGAGGAGAAGAGGAGAAAGGACAGCAGAGAGGAGAAGAGGAGAAGGGACAGGAGAGAGAGGAGGAGAGAGGAGAGGAGAAGGUGGACAAGCUCGGUCGCGUGGAGAAGUCGCAAUAAUAUGCCGUAGGCAAGCAGUCGCCGACAAUCAAUGGAGGGUGCUUUGGCUGAAGCUCGGCGAACACGGCAGAGUGGCCACUCAUUUCGCUUGCAGUCAUGUCAUUGGUAAAUUUUCAAGGCCGGCUUUUUUUUUUUUUAUCCACUGCGGAUGACGGAAACUGACAAGCCUAAUCACAGCAUUUCACAGGAGGAUUGUUGAUCAAUCAUUAGGAGCAUCACAAGCUCGUGACGCAAGAGCUCUUCUUUCUCACUGAGGGAAGGGGAACAAGAUACAGAGUAGAAAAGAGACUUUUUCUAUUUGGGAGAGACACACUCUUCUUGCAGUGGUGGUUUUCAUAAAGGGAGGGCAAUUGCAGAUCUCAAAUCGCUCAGCUGCUGUGGCGGAGAAGGAUGGAGAGCUAUUUGAGGAAACCACUGGUGGGGGGCGAUAUUGAGGCUGGCUAUAGAGGUGGAAGCGAUGCAAUGCUCUACCCAGGCCUAGCCUAUGAAGAUGCCUAUUUGCGAUGGGCUUUCAUAAGGAAGGUCUAUGGUAUUGUCUUGGCCCAGCUUGUUCUUACGGGCCUUGCCUCGCUGGUGGUCAUCAUGGUUCCCGAGGUCCGAAAUUUCAUCUUUCUGAACCCGGCAAUACUCAUUGUGACGAUUGUGCUGCAAAUCGGGGUGCUGUUCUCGCUGUACUGGUAUCAUCGUAGCCAUCCGACCAAUCUUAUACUUCUAGGAAUAUGGACGCUCACCUUCAGCGUCACGAUAGGCUCAGUAUGUGCAUUCCUGCCCGGACUCAUCGUGCUGGAAGCGGUGCUGCUCACAGCUGCCGUGUUUGUGUCUCUCACUGCGUACACAUUUUGGGCUGGACGAAAGGGUUACGAUUUCUCCUAUCUUGGCCCGAUGCUAUUCGCUGGACUGACGGUCUUGGUGAUCUGGGGUGUCGUUCAGCUGUUUAUCGUCCCAGGUGCAACCGGCAGGUUCAUAUAUGCAUUGGUUGGCUCCCUCCUGUUCUCUCUUUACAUCAUCUACGACACCGACAAUCUGAUCCAUCAAUACAGCAUCGAUGAUUACAUUUGGGCGUCUGUGGCGCUGUACCUCGAUGUCGUGAACUUGUUUGUACUCGUGCUCGACAUGAUCCGAUACCUGCAAGGAAGUGACUGACUCAGACUGACCGCGUCGAUGAUUACAUUUGGGCGUCUGUGGCACUGUACCUCGAUGUCGUGAACUUGUUCGUACUCGUGCUCGACAUGAU